GAGCUCAACUGGCAGGAUCUCAACGUCGCCAGCUACAUGAACCAACCCGACAGGUUGCGCAUCUUGGGGUACAACCCGCAGUCGGCAGGCGGGGACCGACUCUCCGAGAUGUCCGAGGAAUGCGGCAACUUUGAUUUCACAUCGUUGGCAGGAACGCAGCAGAAG